CGAGAUUCGCCGAGACCUCAUGGCCGUCCGAGUCCUCGCCGCUGUGGCCAUCGCCGCAGCCUGCGUGCAUGGGCAGAGCUGGCCGCCCGCGAACCAGUGCUCGGCCACCGGCUUUGCCACGUGGGCGACGCAGUGCCCGAGCCUCUUGGCAACCAACGCGCCGACCAAAGUGACGCAGCCGCAAACAGGCAGCCUCAAGGCGACGAACCUCUCGACGCUCGACACGCUCGACCAGGCGCGCGUCGUGCUGCAGGGCCGCUCGGCCGUGCAGGCCAUGGACGGCCUCCGGUCCGAGUCCGCGUCCUGGUACAAUACAUCGCUCACCAACAUGAUGAUUGCGUUCUGCCACCUCACGUCGACGGCGGCCGACCUCACGCGCUGCGUGCCCAACACGAGCACGAACGCGGCGCGCGACCGCAACAACGCGUGCAUCGUCGUCCCGGGCAACGGCUCGUGCGCGGCGCUGCCCGGCCAAUGCGAGCGCCUCGCCAACUGCCUCUGGCCGACGCCCAACCCAAAUAUUAGCCCGCGCCAGCCGCGCUUUUCGCAAGCCCAGAUCGACACGGCGCUGUCCUGGAUCCAGGAAACGUAUGCCGAGUCGCUUGUUCCGUACGCAGCGCCAGGGGUCACGCUGGCGGUGCUCACCUUCUUCGGUUUUGUUGGCUUUUUCGUGCUGCGCUGCGUUUGCAACAAGUGCGGCGGCCGAGACCCGAUCGAGCGAGGCUACACGUGGUGCGCUGUCUUGAUUCCCGGCGUCAGCUUUUUUCUCUUCUCGCUCGCGAUCUUCAUCUGCAGCGUCGCCGCGUACAUUCAAAACAACAGCGUCACGGCGCGGAUGCACGACUUGUUUGCAUCGCUCAACGAAGUGCUCGCCAACGCGCAGAUCUACGCCAAGAAUCUCCUCACACCACUCAACGCAAUCGAAACCAGCCAGGCGACGACCGUCGCGGCCAUGAAGGGGGCCCUCGGCAGCACCGACUGGAUCGUGUCGGGGGCCAAGGCCCUGCAGACCAUGGGCGCAGCGAUUGACUCGACCUACACGACUGCGUUCCCGACAACGUGCGUGGACAGCGACAAGGUGUGCCUCACGUGUCCAGCGGCUCUCUGCGGCACCGCGACUGUCCAAGCCCGCGCCAUUACGGCCGCGAUGGCAACGACCGCAUCGCAGCUCGAUGCGACCUUCCAACUCGCGCGCGCGACCAUGUACGACGGCUCGGCGACGCUCUUCAACGCGAUCAACACGGCGCAGUUCAACCUCGACGUGCUCGCGUCUGCCACCAACAACUCGAACGCGGCCGUGAGCACCGUGCAGACGUCGUUUGACGAGAUCUCGUACGGCCGGUCGGGGCUCGUGCUGUGCAUCUUUAUCCUCGGACUCUUCGUGUCGCUCCUCGGCAUGAUUGGCUUUGCGCGUGGCGUGUGCAAGAACAACUCGAAGAUGGUCCACCUCCUGCAUGUGAGCUGGAUCCUCGGCGUCCUGCUCUGCAUCAUCAGCUUUGUCGUUGCAUCGCUUCUGAUCGCAGUCUCGGCGCUCUGGUACGACGGCUGCAAGUACCUCGACAUGAUUGUCACCAACAUGGCCCCGUACUUUUCCGCGGAAACCUCGAGCAUCCUCACGUCGUGCAUUCAAGGCACAAGCACGCUCGCGGCACUGCAGAUGACGCCGGCGUACACGGCCUCGUGUGGCCUCUUUGAACGUCUCUCGGUCGCCCAGAGCGUGGCGCCACUCACGACGUUUCAGCAGCUCCAGAACAACCCGAUCACGGUCUACGGUCUCAGCGACUUUGGCUACUCGGCGGACAUCCAAGCAUCCCUGCUCUCGGAGGCUCUCCGCGACAUGCCGCCGCAGAAAGUGACGGCGACGAACGUCGGUCAGCUCGAGACACCGUGGGAGCUCUACGAAACAACGCUCGCGAGCGCGGAUUGCAAGGCCGACGAUGCGGAUCCGGCCAUGUGCUUUAUGCUGAAAAAGUGCAAUGCAGGCUCGUCGUGCCUCGUCGCAUUCCAGGACGCCCGCAUUUACGCCAAGGCGGCGGUCAAGAUCCAGAGCAACCUGUACAUGAUGAACCAAGACUACCAAGGCAACACCAACUACAACAACUCCAAGGGAUGGCCGGGCGGCAGCCAAAGUCUUUUGAACGCCGGUCUGUCGUAUGCGACCAAGCUCAACGCGUUUGUGACGACGCAGCUGCCGCCUUUGACCAAGCUCAGUGUGUGGAGCCAAAUCAACGCCGUUGAGUGCACGAGCAACGAAGGCUGCUCGUGGAUCAACCAAGAGUACGCGAUCGUCCACGACUUGCUCUGCCAGGAUCUGCUCGGGCUCUGCCUCAACAUUGCCCUCUGCGUCUUCCUCGUCGCGCUAUUCCUACUGCCGCUGGCGGUCUGCGGCAUUCUAUUGCAGAAGCGCCUCCGGGGCAUCCGCGGCGCAACGCUAUUACGCAUCUGA